AUGAAGGCCGCAUUCUGUGGCCCGCAAGCAUCUUUGCUUCUGCUUCUAGACUUCAUUACCGUUUCCAGCGCUGCUCAUGUGAAAAGAGCUCUCAGCCCACCUGCCACAUUGCCUGGAUCAUGGCUAUAUCAAGGUUGCUACACAGACGUGGGGAGGACGAUCAGCGAUGCCGCCUACGUUGAUGGGACAAACAUGACUGCUCUGAACUGCAUCAACUUCUGCUCGUCCAGGGGCUUUCAGUAUGCCGGGACGGAAUACAGUCAGGAGUGUUACUGCGGCAGUGUAUUGGCACCCGCCGCAGCAAAUGCUACUGAGUCAGAUUGCUCUUCGCCCUGCACGGGCAAUGCCAACGAGCCUUGUGGAGGAGCGAAUCGCUUGACCUUGUACUACAGCUCUCAGCCCGUAGGCCCACAGCCGAACCCAGGCGUUGACGGAUUCAGUUAUGUUGGCUGUUACUCCGAGGGAACAAGCGGCAGGGCUUUGACACACGGCAUUGGAUCCGUCCCUGCAGCACAGAUGACGGUUGCCGGGUGCGUAUCUGCUUGCAAGACCGCCGGUUACUCACUGGCUGGCACUGAGUACUCCUCGGAAUGCUACUGUGACAACAACAUCCAGAAUGGCGCCACGGCGGCUUCGAGCGGCUGUAAUAUGCUAUGCAGUGGAAACCAGACCGAGUUCUGCGGGGGAAGCAGCCGUCUUUCCUUGUACUCUGCGAAUGGUGUUGUGCCCAGUGGCCCGGAUCCCACCUCGUCUGCGCUCACAUCAACAGCCCCGACACCGGUGGCCACCGGAUUCCCCAUGGGCUGGUCUGCCCAAGGGUGCUGGGUUGACAACAACCAGAAUCGUAUCCUCUCUUUCAAAGCUCCUGAUUCGCAAACACUGACACCCCAGUCCUGUGCUCUCACGUGCAGCAACGCCGGUUACACCGUAUCAGGGACCGAGUAUAGCACGCAGUGCUUCUGCGGGAAGGGCAUAUCAAACGGUGGGGUCCGGGCUGCGGCGGACACCGAGUGCAGCUCUACGUGUGCGGGAGACACCAAGCAGAAAUGCGGUGGCCCAGAGAGACUGUCCAUUGUUUCCCAAGGCGAACCUAGUGUCCAGCUUCCUCCUGCGCCGAUCGGGCAGGUGGGCAGCUGGACGUACCAGGGCUGCUACAAUGACAAUGCCAACGGCGCCAACCAAAGGACAUUCCCAUGGCAACUCAUCUACGCUGGUACUUUGACUCCGGCAAUGUGCACUGACAAGUGCGCCUCAUUCGGAUAUGCAGCGGCUGGCCUGGAGUAUGGCCAAGAAUGUUAUUGUGGCGACCCGCAUGAUAUCACCAAUAAUAAUGCGACCAAGCAACCGGAGGCCGGCUGUAGCAUGGUCUGCGCGGGCAACUCAUCAGCCAUCUGCGGAGGUGAGAGCCGGAUUUCGACGUACUUUUGGAACGGAACGGAGCCCCUUUACACUUUCAGCUACCCCACGGGCGCCGCAGCUGGGGAGUACAAGUUCCUCAUCGGAGGCGUGACAAUUCCUUUGAUGGUGUCUCAAUCAAUCACCGGCAAGGUCAACUUCCUAUCCAAAUGGGGUACCGGCCCGGGCAACGAGACAGGCGCGUAUGAGCUCGAUCUCACACAGAUCAAUGAUUUUUCCAAGGCAUGGAGGACAUUGCACGUCAAGACGGAUCUCUUUUGCGCGGCUGGUGUGGUGCUGCCUGACAAGGGAGGCCGCCAGCUAACAGUGGGUGGUUGGUCCGGUGAGUCGACCGAGGGUGUCAGGCUGUACUGGCCCGACGGCUCGCCUGGUGUCCCGGGCACACGUGACUGGCAAGAAAAUGUCAACGAACUUAGCCUCCAGAUCGGACGUUGGUAUCCCUCGGCUAUGGUAAUGGCGAACGGCUCUAUAAUGGUCAUUGGCGGUGAAAUUGGCUCCAAUCUCGCGGCCGUACCCUCGAUUGAGGUCCUUCCGUACACUGGCACAGCGCCUUUGUACAUGGAGUGGCUCGACAGGACAAACCCCAACAAUCUGUAUCCUUUCAUUUCUGUCCUCCCAUCUGGUGGCAUCUUCGUUCAGUACUGGAACGAAGCCCGCAUCCUGGACGAGAGGACCUUCGAGACUACGAAGAUCCUCCCCAAUGUACCCGGUGUGGUCUAUGGUAAUCUCGGUGGUAGAACAUAUCCUCAAGAAGGAACAGCAGUCCUGCUGCCUCAGGUGUACCCCUACACGGACCACCUGGGGGUUCUCAUCUGCGGCGGCAGUACAGUAGACGGUCCUGGCAACGCAAUCGACAACUGUGUGACCACUUUCCCAGAGGAUGCCAACCCAACAUGGACCCUGGAGCGUAUGCCUUCACCCCGGGUGAUGUCCUGUAUGGCACCUCUGCCCGACGGGACAUAUCUCAUUGUGAACGGCGCACUGCAGGGCUGGGCCGGCUUCAACCUAGCUUUCAAACCCAACUUCAACGCUCUUCUCUACGACCCUUCGAAGCCAGUGGGAGGCAGAAUCAGCGUCAUGGCGAACACGACAAUAGCGCGGAUGUACCACUCGGAAGCCAUUACGCUGCUCGACGGACGCGUCAUCAUCUCGGGGUCGGACCCCCAAGACGAGAGCGACAACCCAAACCCGCAGGAGUACCGCAUUGAGGUUUUCAACCCACCGUACCUUUUGCAGGGCAAGCCGCGGCCGACCUUCACGAUCUCCAACCGGGACUGGGAGUACGGAGCGACAGGAAUCCCGUUCACGCUGGGCGGGGCGGCGCAGAACGGCGACAUCAAGGUGACGCUGCUGGGCGCCGUGUCGAGCACGCAUGGCAACAGCAUGGGGGCGCGGACCCUGGUGCCGAAGAUGUCGUGCUCGGGCACGAGCUGCACCGUUGACGCGCCGCCGAAUGCGCACGUGUGCCCGCCCGGGUGGUAUCAAUUCUUCGUGGUGGACGGGGGCGUGCCGGCGGUGGGCGUGUACGUGCGGAUUGGAGGGGAUCCGGCCGGGCUGGGCAACUGGCCGAAUUAUCCCGACUUUACAGUCCCAGGGGUUUGA